AUGGCUCCGAAAAAGAAAACAGACUCCAGAAAUAUGUCGGCAUCAUCUUCUUCAAACAAUCAAUCAUCAACCACUCAAAAUACUACCAAUAUUCCUAAAUCUAUUGCUACUAGUUCAACAAAUUUUCCACUCUCUAUUAGGCUCACAAUCUUCGCAAAACCAAAUAGCUCUAAAAGUCAAAUUGCAAAUAUCAAUGAUGAGGAAAUUGGUGUACAAAUUGGAGCACCACCUAAAGAGGGAGAAGCUAAUAAGGAAUUAUGUGAAUAUAUCGCUGGAGUUUUGGGUCUAGCAAAAUCAAAAGUAUCGCUUGAUAAGGGUGGAAAAUCAAAACACAAAAUAGUACUUGUGGAAGUUGACAAGGAUUCAGCAAAAUCAUUAUGCCCCAAAGGAAAAGAAAAAAUUCCUAUCGACGUAAAUAUUGUUCUGGAGGGAGUUUAUGAGAAAUUGAGAAAUGAAAUUUAG